AUGUCUGAUUCUCCCAUUCUGAUUAUCGGCGCAGGCAUCAGUGGUCUCGUACUGGCCCAGUACCUUCAGCGCCAUGAUAUUGCGUUCAGGAUCUUCGAUCGCGACUCCGCAAUCGAUGCCCGCAGUGGUGGAUGGGGUCUGACGCUGCAUUGGUCACUCCCCGCCCUGCGUGAAUUAUUACCAGAGCACCUUGUUGAGCGGUUCCCUGAAACCUUUGUCAACAAAGAAGCUUCCGCCCGGGGCGACACCGGUCGCUUCCAAUUUUUUGACCUCAAGUCGGGAGAUGCAUUAUAUAAUAUCCCUGCCGCGGAGCGUAUUCGCGUCAGUCGCGUUCGCUUGCGACAGUUACUGACUACCGGUGUGGAUGUUCAAUGGAACAAAAACCUUCGAAAUAUCGACUCUACAGCCGAUGAGAUCACCGCGCACUUCGAGGACGGCACAUCUUACACCGGGCGGCUACUAAUCGCAUGUGAUGGUUCACGGUCGCGCACACGCGAGAUCCUCUACCCAGAUGCACGGAUGAACCAGUUACCAGUACAGAUUCUGGGUGCGUCGACGCUGUACAGCGCGGAGGAGCUGGGCGGCGUCGAAUCAAUCGACCCUUUUAUCUUCCAGGGCUCGCAUCCUGACUCAAAUGUGUUUUUAUUCUUCAGUUUUCUGGAUACCCCAAAAAACUUCGAGAAUAGUAGCAAGGAUCGUUACCACUGUCAAAUCAUUAUCUCCUGGGCGGAUUCAAAGGAAAUCCCUGUCCCAGACCCGAACGCCGAUCGCAUCGCGCUGAUGAAGAAGUUGACUGAUAAUUGGUCGGAACCAUUUCGCUCGCUGGUACACAAGCUUCCUCACGAUGUGGAAGUGCGUUCGAUUCGCAUCGAAGACUGGAUGUUCAGCCUGGGCAGGGCGCACGCGCAUCCCCGGGCGGUGUUGAUGGGUGAUUCGGCUCACACAAUGACUAUGUUCCGCGGAGAAGGCGCCAACAACGCGAUCGUCGAUGUGUUGGAUUUCGUGAAGCGUGUCGAUGUGCGCCAGCCAAGCUCCUUCGAUUCCGAGGCCUUGCUAUCCUCCCUCGCAGCAUACGAGAACGAUGUCUUCACACGAGCCGAGCCUAGCUUCCUCAACUCCAGACAGGCAUGUCUCGAUGCUCAUGACUUUUCUAAAAUUGAAGGAAGUCCGCUGGUUGGGUUGCGGGAUUUGAAGAAAUCAGGCUGA